UGAUCGAGUGGAGCUCAGCUGCUCGUGAUCACAUGACUCGAUCUCUCAGCUGAGCAGCAGCAGCAGCAGCAUGGCAUCUUCAAAGCAGAAGGCAGUGUAUUGGCUGGGAAACGAUACUCUGAGGGUAUCGGCCGCCCUGUUUGCAGAAAACCGAGGGCGUUUGUGUCGAGGCCUGAAAGCUGAGAAGGAUGUUCCAGCUGGAUCUGUGGUGGUUCUUCAGGGAGGAGAACAGAAGCAGAGAUACUGCACCGACACCGACGAGCUCUUCAGACAGGAGUCGUUUUUCCACUGGACCUUCGGUGUGACGGAGGCCGACUGCUACGGCGCCAUCGAUGUCAACUCCAAGAAAUCCAUCCUGUUUGUUCCCAAGCUGCCGGAGAGCUACGCCACAUGGAUGGGCGAGAUCUACCCGCGUGAACACUUCAAGGAGAAAUACGCCAUCGAUGAGGUGCAUUACACCACUGACAUUGCUGAUGUGCUGACUAAAAUGAAGCCGAGUGUCCUGCUCACACUGGUAAGAGCUUUCUCAUUUACUUUAUGUAAAGUCUUUCAAGAUGCCAACCUUGUCUUAGCCGUUGUGCAGCUCUCGUCUGUGUCUGUGCGCUCUGACUGCCGGCGAGAGUUCAUUGAGAUUAUUAGGCUUUAUCUGGAGAGGGAAGGGAAGCCCUCGGUGAUGAAACGUGUGAAGCCGGGCGUGAAAGAGUAUGAGAUGGAGAGUCUGUUCCAGCAUUACUGUUAUGCUCGUGGAGGGAUGCGACACACCUCAUACACCUGCAUCUGUGGAAGUGGGAAUAACUCCUCCAUCCUGCAUUACGGACACGCCGGGGCUGCCAAUGACAAAACCAUCCAGGAUGGAGACAUGUGUCUGUUUGAUAUGGGCGGUGAGUAUUACUGCUACUCCUCCGACAUCACCUGCUCUUUCCCAGUCAACGGCAAGUUCACCGCAGACCAGAGAGCCAUUUAUGAAGCCGUGCUGAAGUCCUCCAGAGCCGUGAUGGCCGCCAUUAAACCAGAUGCAGCAGCGGUUGAAGUGUGUGGUGUGUUUCAGGGCAUCGAGCGCAUUGACGAGCCGGGGCUGAAGAGUCUGCGGAUGGGCCGUGUGGUGCAGGAGCGCAUGGUCCUCACGGUGGAGCCGGGAAUCUAUUUCAUCAACCACCUGCUGGAUAAAGCGCUCGGCUCACCGGCGCAGUGCGGCUUCAUCAAUAAUGGCGUCCUGACGCGCUUCCGCGGCUUCGGCGGGGUGCGUAUUGAGGAUGAUAUCGCAGUGACGGCUGACGGCGUGGAGCUGCUGACCUGCGUUCCUCGAACCGUGGAGGAAAUCGAGGCCUUCAUGGCGGAUGAAACGUCCAAACCCUUCAGUCCCAUCAGCAGCCAGAAACUCUGAAGAGAUGAUAAUGAUGACGACGAUGACGACGACGACACUCCUUUUCUUCAACUUAAACCUGUAUCUAAGUAAAGGAAUAUCUUUGAUAUUUCGAGGGAAAUCAAUCACAUGACUGAUUUGCUGUUGUUUGACUUCUCUGAUGUAAGUCAGCAAAUUAAAUUACAGGAUCAUUUAUGCCUUCAUGUAGCAGCCAUGUAACAGUUUGUGUUUUAAUUUUCAGAGUUUGAUAUUCUUAAUAAAAGCAGCUCUGAACUUUACUCAAUUCAUUAGCAUUAUAUUCUGUAUGCUUUUUGCAAGUUUGUAAGACAAUGCAAUGCUUAUUUUUAAUAAAGGUCUGAUUUUUCUAGC